AAGCCGUGAAUGCAUCAUCAGACCUAGUUGGAGGAGCUCGUGAAGGAAAAAGGUGGCCGGCCGACUUAAGGCAGCCUAACAGCCCCUCGUUCAUCGGCGAGGGCCGUUCUUCUUCAACGUAUUUUGCCCUCCUGGGUCGGAAGAGGUUAUUUGAAUCAACACAAGGCGUUUACGAUGGCUGAGCAAAACAGCAACGUCAGAUAUCAAGAGCUGGUGAACGAGGAGGAGCCGCUCCCGACGUCCGAAGAGGGUCCUUCCCCGGAUGCGCCACCGCCCUACACCAGCGUCGAAGCAGCUAAUGCAGCUUUCUUUGAAUAUAAGGAAGAUGGCGGCAGAUUCCCCAACCCUCCAUCCUACAGCGUGGCCACCACUUUGCCGUCCUACGACGAAGCGGAGCGAAGCAAAGCGGAGGCUGCCGUCCCCCUCGUCACCGGAAGAGUCACGGAGGAUGAAUUUGUGGCCCGAGACGACUUUGAAGAUGCCGACCAGCUGCGGAUAGGCAAUGACGGCAUAUUCAUGCUCACUUUCUUCAUGGCAUUCCUCUUCAACUGGAUCGGCUUCUUCUUGUCCUUCUGUUUGACCACGUCAGCUGCCGGUCGAUACGGAGCCAUUUCAGGCUUUGGCCUGUCCCUCAUCAAAUGGGUUCUUAUCGUCAGGUUUUCCACCUACUUCCCUGGCUACUUUGAUGGCCAGUACUGGUUGUGGUGGGUGUUCCUGGCCUUGGGCUUCAUGCUGUUCGUAAGAGGCUUUGUCAACUACUCCCGAGUGCGCAAGCUGGCUGAUCCCACCUACGCCAAUCUACCCCGAACAAGGGUGCUCUUCAUCUAUUAGACCGAGCUGAUCGGAUGUGGAGGCCGAGGACAUGACACGACGCAGUAAUCAAGACGGCUCUGUAGCGAAUGAAACCAUUUGAGGAAAUAGUCGACUUUUUGUUUGCCAUUGUAUUCUCGGAAAGCGGUUAGCAGUACUCGUCCCUCAGUGUAGUCAGUCAUUAGCGACGCAUGUUAGCUACAUCUUGUGUGUAACGUUUAAUAAGUGAUGCCUUAUUAUUGCUUUGCUAGAAUUACAAGCAUGACUCUUGCUCUCCAAGGAGAGGCUGGACGUCUCAACAGGUCUUUAUGAUUCAACAUGCGCCAUAUAAGCAUGCAGCUCACUCACUCUAUAGCGCCACCUCAUGGUUUUAUUGUGACUGUUAUAUAGGCGCUGUUCACACACUUGCACAGCUCCGCCCACAUAGCUCACUCAACUGUUAGCUUGAGGGUUAACAGUGUUGUCUCCUGCCCCAAGUGACUCAUUCAGGGCAUUUUUUCUCUCUCCAAGUAACGAUACGUGGACAAAAGGUUCCGGGACACAGGAUGUAUGUCCCAACAGUGCAGUGUUUCCCAACCUUUAUUGAGCCAAGGCAUAUAGCACCAAAACAGACAAACGUCACAAAAAAGUACAGAUUAAAUGUGGCUUCUGACAUCCAGUGGAAGAGCAUUUACUUGUUCUGCUUGCCACUAUAUGAACAUAUUAUUUGUGGUAAAUAAAUAACUUUCAGACCAGUUUAGUGGAAUUUUUCCGUGGCACAUUAGUGGUUGGGAAUCACUGGUUCAAUGUACAUGCUCGUAAUGCAUGUUUUGUACAACUCAGGUGCAGCGUCCAAAAUUGCACCCUUGUGUCACAUGUGGUUAUUGCCCAUUUUGAUGUUUAACCAUUCAGAUUAAAUAUUUUUAGUCUUUAAAAUGGAUUUAAAUUCAGUGUGAGAUGUAAAAGAACAAGAUUUAGGCUCCCCCAAUGACAAAUGAAUAAAGUUAAUCUUCUGAGUCACUUGUUAAUGGCAUCACAACAAAGUGGGAAGUAUUUGCCACUUUGUUAUUGGAUGCCCGCACUUGACUCUCAAUGUAACUUUGUUAACCUUGUGAUCUCGUUUAUUUUCAUGGAAUUGAAAAUGAGCACGGCCAAGGUGCUUGCCAUCCUGUGGGUAGAGCGAGAACUUUAUCAAAGAAUGUCAUAUGCAGGCGCACUUUGACUGAGGAAUCAUCUUUUGACCUCAAGUUUAAGUCUGAUGAAAAUUCUGAUUUGCCUGUCAGAAGGAUUCUCCAUUGAAGCACAACUGUUUUCUUUUUAGCCUUAAUGAUUUCACCUUCAAUUGAAAUGGAAAUUAGUUCAACUUCACUGUCACAGCUUUGAUGCUCAUUUAAAGUGAUGUAGAGUGACAUCGAUGAGGUUUUGUUGUCCUGACGCUGUACGGAAGGGAAGACCUAGUUCAAUAAAUGUCACUAUGAUAU